AUGAUCAGAAUUUUCUUAAUCACAAGUUUAACUUGUGUCCUCGCGUUACCAAGUAUUCAAGAAGAUGUAAUAGAACCUUCAGUAGAUAAAACUAUAAAAGUGAAAAAAAAUUGUGAUCAAGGAAUCUUUAACCCUACGUGUUUCAAAAUUGGAGUUAUCAAGUUGAUAGAAAGGCUUAAUAAAAAUAAAGAACUAACUCUCUUACCUGGGGUAACCCUUGUCAAAGAUCGUGAAGAUGGAAAAACUGAGACUGUUGCUGCCGAAUUGGCUAGAUCUCUUCCGUCAGAACCCGAAGAGAGACUUGAUAAAUUUCUCUUGUACCUUCUGGAGUCGUUUCUGGAUACUCAUUCAGUGAAAUUACGAUUGCUGGAUGACACAAGUGCAGCGGAAGCUAGGAGUGAUGUAAAUGGAGCUAGGAAGCGCAUGGGAGGAAAGAAAAGCAACUUAGGACCUAUCAUUGCUAUGGCUGCAAUGUUGAAAGGUGAGUAA